UCUACGCACUGUAGCUUUAAUUAAUGAAAGGAGGGAGAUAAUGACCUCUGAAACAGGAGAGGAAGCUUCAUUCUCCGUUAGCACAGACUUAAGAAGCGCUCGUUUGUUCCUGUUGCUAUAGAAACGGGCUGGCAGUAAAAAAAAAAAAAAAAAAAAAAAAAAAAACCCAAUGAGUUGGGAAACUAUCUGUCCAGAGCUCAGAGUUAGGAAGGAAGCUACAGUGGCUGAUCUGUUCCAGUUCAAGGUUCCUCAUGAAGUCGGUAGCCACGUGCCGCCUGCAGGAGCUGCAGAUUUACCGGCUGCUGCAGUGUGUGUGCGCAAAAGACACAGCACAAGUCAUGAAGCUGUUGCGCGCGGGCGUUCACGACCUUGUCAACAUAACGGAGCCUCGAGAGGGCAAAGGCGUCUUGCACGUGGCCGCGGUAGCCAACGACACCGACAUGAUAGAGUUUCUGACGCUGCAUGGCGCCAGGCCAGAUGUCCAGGACAGGCAUGGACGCACGCCGGUGAUGCUGGCAGCCGAACUCGGGCAUGACCGCGUGGUGGCUCUGCUGGCUGACAAACACGCAGACAUGAAGCUGACAGACAUAGAAGGGAAAGGCGUGCUAUUCUACUGCCUCUGUCCUACAAAAAGACACACACGCUGUCUGCAGGUGGCGCUGAACAACAUGGCAGACGUAAACAACGUGUCACAUGCGGGCAUGCCACUCUUCCUGCAGGCCUGUGAGAACGCCCGGGAAUGUGAGGGCAUGUGCCUCAGUCUGCUGGAGAAAGGGGCCGACCCCAAUUCUGUCAAUCAGGUGACGGGUCGCACUGCGCUGAUGGAGGCGGUAAGAGCAGAAGCAGUGGUGCUGGUAAGAGCCAUCCUUAAACGAGGGGCAAAUGUCAACAUGAUGGACAGCAAGAGGUUCAACGCAGUUCACUUCGCUGCUGAAGGAGGCUACUUUGAAAUCCUUCAGGUGUUGUCUGCAUAUGUGGCAGACAUGGGAGCAAUGACAGCAGAAGGAAACACGGCUCUGCACUACGCUGCCCGGGGCGGUUUUGCUGACUGCUGCAGAUUCUUGGCACAGAGGGGAUGCAAUCCCAAACAGAAAAACAUGGAAGGUCUGUUACCCCGUCAGAUCGCUAAGGACUUGGAUCACAAGGCCGCAGUAAAAGAGCUCAAGAAGGCUGAGCGUUUAAAUGGAAAGCUUUUAAAGAGCUCCACUAAUGAAUCGUGGGCACUGAGGCUUUAUGAUUGGUCUCAUGAAAACGAAGCUGAACUGCGAAAAGCCUUCGGAUUCGUUUCACAUGGAAUUAACCACUUAGAGAUGGUGACUUUCGAGAAUUUUCUCUCUGUCCUUCAAGACUUCCAAGUACCGAUAGAUGGUGAAAAGGUUCAGAAGGUCCUGCUUGUUCAUGACAAGCGUAGGCAAGGUUUAAUCAACAUCAACGACUUUUUCAAAGGUCUCAGAUAUCUGCCCAGGAUUUUUGUUAUGACCUCGAAUGAACUAAAGAAGACAAAAAAAAAGUCUAGCAAGUCAGGGAAGGGCAAGAAGAAAAGCAAGUCGAACCAUCCUAUGCCUAUUUGCAUCGUCCCACCUGAAAACGCUUACUGCCGAGAUGAGAGAGGACCACCACUGUUCAUGAUCGAAAAGUACCAGCUUGUUACAGACACAAACCGGUUUGAUCAGGACCAUCCACCCAGCCACCCCAUAGAGGAUGACUCAGCCUGGUACACAGAACAACCAGAAAAGACAUACAUAAACAUUAACUACUGCGUGAAGACUGGAGACACUGAGUCCCUGAAGAUGGCCUUUAGCCAGAAGGUCCCAGUUGAUGUGAAAGAUCGCUUUUACAAGACACCUCUCAUGACCGCAUGUGCAAGCGGGAAUUACGAAGUGGCCAAAUUUCUACUUAAUCUCAGGGCUGACGUGAACGCAUAUGAUCAGUUCGGCUGGACUCCAUUACACCACGCCUGCCAUGCUGGACAACUUGACAUCAUUAAACUAUUAGUGGAGGCAGGGGCAGACGUAAACUCGCCCACUUUUAGUGGAGCAACACCCCUAAUGAGGGCCAUUGAGAGUUCCAGGCCAUGCUGUGUGGAGUACCUGAUCAAGUCUGGGGCAACAGUUACAGCAGAAAACAAGUCAGAGCAAAGCUGCUUGGAUAUCGCACGUGCCUAUGCAGACUUACGGAUAGUAGAAAUGCUCCAGGCCAAGACUGCGAUUCUUCGUAAACCGAAGGACCAGAAGAAGGAUAAGGCUAUCAAACCUCAGGCCAAACCAAGGCCGAUCACCAGCACGUCCAUUAAAGAGAAGCAGGGGGCUGUUCCCACACCGCAGGCCUCAGAGUACUUUGCAACCUCAACAGGGAAAACAGAAGCGCAGGCCAACAGUGUGAUCAUUCACAGCACUCAGAUCACCAGCGGAGCACUGAAGAAAGUGGACAUCAGCUUUGUGCCAAAAACAGUGUGGGGCAAAUACCUCACUACAAGCCAGCUUCUGGAGAAGAAGGAGAAAAGGAGACAACGUUUUACUUACGAAGUGGAUUUUGAUGACUUCAGGAUGCCUUUCACCAAGAAUGUUGAGAAGAAAGUGCUAGCGCUCUCACGGGUAUUUGAGCAAACUAAUUGACAAGGGACGAAUUAUCUGA